AUGGUACCGAAGCUCUUCACUAGCCGCUUGUACCCUAAAAUAGAACAUCCAUUCCUUGAGAAGAUGAUUCUUCCUAGCUUCCUCAUCUUUUCUCUCCUCUCCUCAAUAUCAAAAGCUGCGGUGCAGGACUUUUGCGUUGCAGACCUCACAGGUCCAGACACCCCUUCAGGCUUCGCUUGCAAGAAGCCUGCAAAGGUAACAGUGGAUGAUUUUGUUUUCUCAGGCCUAGGUGCUGGUGGAAACACCUCAAACAUCAUCAAAGCUGUUUUGACAACAGCAUUUGCUGACAAAUUCGGAGGUAUAAAUGGCCUUGGAAUUUCCGUGGCUCGUUUGGACAUGGCAGUAGGUGGAGUGGUUCCAAUGCACACACACCCAGGAGGUUCAGAAGUUCUAAUCGUUAUCUCCGGGACAAUCUGUGCUGGGUUCAUUUCCUUGGAAAAUAGAGUUUACUUUAAAUCUCUUAAGAAGGGAGACAUAAUGGUUUUCCCUCAAGGUUUAAUUCACUUCCAAAUAAAUACAGGAAGGCUUCCAGCCCUAGCAUUUGUUAGCUUCAGUAGUGAAAGACCAGGUCUCCAGAUUCUAGACUUUGCUCUCUUUGCAAACGAUUUGCCAUCUGAAAUUGUUGAGCAGACUACGUUCCUCGAUGAUGCUCAGGUUAAGAAACUUAAGGGUGUUCUUGGUGGUACUGGUUAA